AUGGAAGAACUUGCUCGUGAGAGUAUCAGCCUGUUGGCGAGAUCUGCGUCGCACGCGGAUCCCCCACGGCUCGGUUCGUUCGGUGCCAUCUUCAUAAUGCUCAAAUCUGCCCUAGGCGCGGGACUGCUUAACUUCCCGUGGGCUUUCGAGAAGGCGGGAGGAGUCAAUAAAGCCAUCAGCGUUGAAAUGGUAUCACUGGUGUUCCUGAUCAGCGGAUUGAUCAUCCUGGGCUAUGCUUCGUCCAUCAGCAGAAAGAAUACCUAUCAGGACGUGGUGCGAGAGGUGUGUGGGGGGGCCAUCGGCCAGCUGUGUGAGGUCUGCUUCUGCUUCAACCUCUUCAUGAUCUCUGUGGCCUUCCUGGUGGUGGUGCAGGACCAGCUAGACAAACUGUGUGUGUCUCUGUAUGAGACUGUGACGGGGUCCUUUGAGGGCGAGAUACCGUACCACUGGUACACGGACCAACGGUUCCACCUCUUCAUCAUGUGUCUCAUCUUCAUCCUCCCUCUCUCCAUCCCCAAAGAGAUUGGCAUCCAGAAAUACACCAGUGUGCUGGGCACUCUGGCUGCUACAUAUCUCUGUGUGGCUGUCAUUGUCAAAUACUACAUGAUGGACGAACAUUCAGCCGUCAUUACCCCAGAGCACAGUGAAGGAAAAGAUUCAUGGGCCUCAAUGUUCAGCGUCGUCCCCACCAUCUGUUUUGGCUUCCAGUGCCAUGAGGCCUGUAUAGCCAUCUACAGCAGCAUGGAGAACAAGAAGCUCUCCCAUUGGGUGAUCAUCUCUGUGAUCUCUAUGCUCUUCUGUCUGCUCAUCUACACACUUACAGGUAUCUUUGGCUUCCUGACGUUUGGGCGCACAGUGGCGGCUGAUAUUCUGAUGUCAUAUCCUGGAAAUGAUGUGGUCAUGAUCAUUGCCAGACUGCUAUUUGGAAUAUCAAUCAUCACCAUCUAUCCAAUUAUACUUCUGUUGGGAAGGUCUGUCAUUCUGGACCUGAUGUUGCGAAUUCGUCGCCGUCGGCAUGGUGGGGUCACACACUCAUUUGAGAACCAAUGCAGAGUGAUUCUGACUGUCAUCUGGAUCACAGUCACCCUCCUCAUCGCCAUGUUCGUCCCUGACAUGAGUGAGGUCAUCAGCGUUAUCGGAGGAAUCAGUGCCUUCUUCAUCUUUAUCUUUCCUGGGCUUUGCCUGGUAUUCACUAUGCAGUCAGAGCCUGUGUCACCCAGAGUCAGGGUGGUGUGCACUGUGUGGGGUGUGAUUACUGUAAUUGUUGGAGCCUUCAUUUUUGGACAGAGCACUACCAUUGCCAUUAUGGAGAUCUUCCACAAAUUCUGA